GCAGUCGCUAAUACAAACCCUAAAUAAAAGUCCUAAAUGUAUUUUCGUCCUUUCAUUCCGAAACCAGGGAGUCGGAUUCGAUUCCAAACUCUCAUCUUAUCUUCACUAAUCACUAUCUUAUUGUUUUCUCCCACUUCCAUUGCCUAAACUCCUCACGCAACUCAUCACCGGCACAACCACUGCCGCCAUGGCUGCCCGAGGAGUGGGAGGAGGAGGCAGAGACCGAUUCCGAAGAGAUUUUGGGUCUUCUUCUAAUUCUCGCUUUGAAGACAUUAAUAGUAAUAAUAAGCGAGGCAAUAAUCCUCCAUCAAGACAUCUAUGGGUAGGCAAUUUGUCUCACAGUAUAAUGGAAAGCGAUUUAACCGACCAAUUUUUGCAGUUUGGGGAGUUAGAUAGUGUGGCUUUUCAGCCAGGCCGAAGCUACGCCUUUAUUAAUUUUAAGAAUGAAGAUGAUGCAAUUGCAGCAAUAAAAUCUCUCCAGGGUUUUCCACUGGCUAGCAACCCGCUUAGAAUUGAAUUUGCUAAGGCGGAGAAGUCAUCAGCACCAUCACGGGAUGAAGAUUACUUGCCACGGCGGGAUGAACAACGUUCUGGAUUAAAAGGAUCCCCUUUCUCACAGAGGGACUCUAGAUUGCGUAAUGCUAGUGGCCCUGACCCUGCUUAUGCUGACAAACCCAAGAUAGGCGAUAAAAGUGCAGAACCUAGUGAAGUGUUAUGGAUAGGGUUUCCAGCCUUAUUGAAGGUAGAUGAAACAAUCUUAAGAAAGGCCUUUUCACCAUUUGGUGAGAUUGAAAAGAUAACCGUAUUCCCAGGUCGUAGUUAUGCUUUUGUUCGGUUUAGGAAUGUAAUUUCAGCUUGCAAGGCAAAGGAAACUCUUCAGGGAAAAUUAUUUGGAAAUCCCCGUGUACAUAUUUGUUUUGCCAAGAGCGAAGGUGGCUCAUCAAGCAGUGGAAGGAUGCCUCUCUCACCAAAUUACAAGUCAAAUGGUCAGUCAGGAGCUUCUGUGAACAUUCGGCAGGAUAGGAAUUUUGGAAGUUUAACUGCAGAUCCCAGUGUCAGAUCUCCUCGUUUAAUGUCAAAUUUGGAUCCAGAUCCUGGUGUCUAUGGUUUUAACAGGAAGGGUGCGUUAUAUCCUGGUGGAAGCAAUACAUUAGAUAAUUGGAGGUUUGGCGAAGAACUUGGACCACCACUGGAUAUUUAUGAACGCGGAGGCAGUCCUACAAGAGAAAGGGGCCCUCACUUUGAUGAAUUUUCUCAGAGAUUUCCUCAGAAGGCUUCAAUUUAUGAAGAACCAUGGGACUUGCCAGAAGAUUCCUAUCUCUUCCAUGGGUCCAAGAAAUUGAAGACUGCCUCCUUUCCUCCUGACAAGGAGCUUCCAGAGUAUCCUUUCUCUGACCUAGAACAGGAGAAACGUGCUUUUCCAAGAGCAUGCACUGAUUUUCCUCAAUCUGAGCUGUUGGAUAAGAACUAUGGAUAUAAACCAAACUCUGAUCUUCUAAUCCCUUCUUCUCUUCCUCGUGGAGAAAGGAGUGAUCACUGGAGAGCAUCUUAUGACAAUUUCCAGACUGGCUCUGGUUCUAUGCCUUCAAAUCCUGUUGAGAGGAAAAGAUUCACUCCUGAGCCUGAACAAUCCUCUUUGAAGUUGUGGAAGUGGGAAGGAACUAUAGCAAAGGGUGGAACUCCUGUCUGUCAUGCUCACGGCUUCCCUGUAGGAAAAGCCCUGGACAUAAUGUUGCCUGAUUUUCUGGAUUGCACUGCAAGAACAGGUCUAGACAUGCUUGCAAAGCACUAUUAUCAAGCAUCUUCUGCUUGGGUCGUUUUCUUUGCCCCUGCUAGCGAUGAUGACAUUGGGUACUAUAAUGAAUUCAUGCAUUAUCUCGGGGAGAAGCAGCGUGCUGCAGUUGCUAAAUUGGAUGAUAAGACCACUCUGUUUCUUGUACCUCCAUCUGAUUUCUCAGAGAAAGUACUUAGAGUUCCUGGCAAACUCUGUAUUUCUGGUGUUGUUUUGAGGUUAGAGCUUCCUGGUUCAACUUUCGGGCCUCUUCACCAUCCAAACGAUAAAAGGGAUGCAAAUUUGUUGCCCUUUCAUGGGGAUGCACCAUAUGCCAAGCCACCUACUCCUUCAGGUCAUUUUCCUUCAAUUGGAUCACCUUUUGGAGAUUUGGGAAGAUCAGGAGGCGAUGCAUCUUUUUUGAGGGAUGUGGGUACAUCAGGUCUGCCUGCAGCAUUUUCAGGUUCAGCUCAUGGUGUCAGGAGGAUUCCUGAUACGUACAAUGAUAAUAGGCAUGAUUAUCCACUCCAACCACGGGAUCCAGUGCCUGCUUCCAAUUGGUCUCCUCACCAUCCACCUGGUAACAGAAAUGCACCAUUGCAAGUGUCCAAUACUGCAGUUGAUCCUGUUGUCAAGGAUCAUCGCGCCGUCAUAUCAAGGGCAGUGCAAGAUGAUGGCUUAGCACAUUAUACUGCUGGCAUGCCAAGUAUCCCAUUGUCUGGAAACGGCAAGCCAUCCCUUCAAGAAAACAAAUCUUCAGUUCCUUUGUCUUUGCCUAUUGCUGGCCUGCAACCACAACAACUUGCACAAUUGGCAUCAUCUCUUCUUGGGCAGCAAAGGCAAUCUGGGAGCAGUCCAAAUAUAUCAGUAGGGGAAGACGUUAGGCGGAUGAACACAAUGAAUCAGUUGGAGAACCAAUUAAGAACAGCACAAACACAUAGUUUACAGAGUAAUCAGGUAGGUUCUGAGAUUUCAGCUUCUCAGUUCAGUCAACUGCAACAGUUGCAGCAGCAGCAGCAGCAGGCAUCAAAUGUGCCGAAAUCAGUACCAGUCCCAGUUCAAAGAGAGGUUCCACAAGGGACUUCAGGUAAUCCUCAGAUGCAAAGUGCUGGUACACAAGAAGAAGCUGAUGCAGAUCCUCAAAAGCGUCUGCAGGCAACAUUACAGCUGGCAGCUGCUCUUCUUCAACAAAUCCAACAAGGAAAAGGAACUUCUUGAUGGUGGGUGCCCAAUUAACAAUAUAGUGGUUGAGUGGCUAAAAAUGUUUAGAUAUUUCAAGGAAUUGCACAUAAUAUAUCCCAGCAAGUAUUGCUAUGUAAAAAUGGUUAGUCAUACUUCCAUUCGUCAAGUUUGCUGAUUGCUGCUGCUGUAAUUUGCUAUAACUAGUGCAGCAAUGUGCGCGCUACUAGUGAAUUUUCCUUUUGACUGAUCUAUAUUAGCAGAGUCUUCGUUGCCUUGUCAGAAUGCUGAGCAUUUUAAGCAGCUUUGUUCAUGGCUGCAUGAACUUGUCAGAUCUUUUAGUUUUUUAAUUUUAUUAAUCUUUUUAAGAUUAAAAAAAAA